AUGCAAGACACCGUUCAGCGCCAGCUCCAGCCAAUCUGGCACCCAACCGUCCCCGCGGACAAAAUCCCCAUGAACAUCUACCGCGCCCACAUCAACCGCAAAUUCGCCCAGAACCUCACCUCCUCCCAAGACCUGCACCGCUGGUCCGUGACAAAUCCUCAAGACUUCUGGCUUGAUCUCCAUGACUACACCGGUAUCAUUCCCAAGCUCCCCGCGAGUGUCACCCAAGCCUACGAUGCUUCUCUGCCGAUGAGCAAGCUCCCGAAGUUCUUCGAGGGCGCUGUUGUGAAUUAUGCGGAGAAUGUGCUUUCGGGAAAACCGUUGGAUAAACUUGCCCUGGUCGGGAUUCGGGAGAUGGAGGCGAUUGAAGGGGAUAAGUGGACUUGGGGAGAUGUUACGGAAAUGGUGAGGAAGGUGCAGGGUGCAUUGAGGGCGAGUGGUGUGCAGAAGGGGGAUCGGGUUGGUGCGAUUAUUUCAACGAGUGUUUGGUCUGUGGUGUUAUUUUUGGCGACGGCUUCGAUUGGGGCUGUUUGGAGUAGUAUUGCGCCGGAUAUUGGGGAGGAGGGCUGCGUCUCCCGCCUCCAACAAAUCUCCCCAAAGAUACUCUUCGCCGACACUGCAUCAACCUUCAAAGGAAAAACCCGCUCCAACCUAUCCAAAAUCCAAGCCGUCUUCGACCGACUCACCAGCAAGCCACAAGUCAUCCUCAUCCCCCUCGCAAACGUCCAAGGCAACCUCCCGUUCCCGACACUAUCCACCUUCCUCACCAAGCCAAACGACAACUCACCCCUGCAAUUCACCCGCGUACCCUACUCCCACCCCCUCUACAUCCUCUACACAAGCGGCACAACCGGCGUCCCCAAAUGCCUCGUCCACGCCCACUCCACAAUAAUCCAACACAAAAAGGUCUCAUUCCUCCACAACUCCCUCGGCCCAGAUGACGUGGUCUUCCAAUACAGCAGCACAUCCUGGGUCCUCUGGAACAUCAUGAUCGGACACCUAUCCGCAGGUCCAACACUAGUCGUCUACGAUGGCUCUCCGCUCUGGCCUAGUCCGAAGGACUUUUUAAAGAUAUUAGAGUUCCACAAGGUCACCUACUGGGGCGUUUCCCCGAGAUACCUUCAGGAACUCGAGAUGACGGGGUGUAUCCCGAAGAACGAGGCCGAUCUUUCGGCACUGAAGAUGGUGCAGACGGGUGGGUCGCAUCUGGCGAAGGAUCAGUAUUAUUGGUUUUAUCGCGCUUUUCCGACUAAAAUUCAUUUGACCAGUGUUACUGGUGGGACGGAUCUGGUUACCUCGUGGAUUGGGACUGAUCCCGCAGGUCCGGUGUACCCGGGUGAGAUUCAGCUGCCGAUACUAGGACAGGAUGUUGAUAUCGCGGAUGCUAUUACGGGUGAGUCCGUGAGGGGCUCCGGAAAGCAAGGGGAAUUCGUCUGCCGCAAGCCGUUUCCAUCCAUGCCUGUGUUUUUUUGGGGUGAUGUCGAUGGAUCGAAGUAUCAGGAGACGUACUUUAAUAAAUUCUCCGACUGCUGGGCACAGCAUGACUGGGCGAGCUAUAACCCGUUGACUCGCGGAUGGCAGAUUCAUGGACGGAGCGAUGGCGUCCUAAACCCCCAAGGCAUACGCUUCGGCUCCUCAGACAUCUACUCCAUCGUCGAAGCAGCCCCCUUCAACACCUUCCUCUCCAGCACCCUCUGCGUCGGCCGCCGUCGACCAUCCGACACUGACGAAUCCGUCUUCCUAUUCGUGGUCAUGCAGAAACCCCACAAAAUGACAGAUACAUUCAGGGAGAGUUUGAAAGACGCUAUCCGGAAGGGACUGAGUAACAAGCACGUUCCGAGGUUCGUGAUUGAGGUUGACGAGAUCCCUAUGACGGUUAAUGGGAAGAAGGUUGAGACGUUGGUGAGAGGGAUUAUUUCGAGUGGGAAGUUGCCGGAGAAGGUCAGUAACACGGUUGCUAAUCCGGGGUGUUUACGUGCUUUUGUGAGGUUCUUUGGGUUGGAGGUGGAGGCGAGGAGGGCUAAGCUGUAG